AUGAAGUUCCAACUUUUGACUGUCAGCAUUUUUGCCGCCACUGUUUUUGCCCACAACGGCGAAGAUCAUAGCAGUUCCAACUCUACCUCCAGUGUUUCCAGUUCUCACUCUAAUUCUACUGCUACCACUACUAAGACUGCUUCUUCUACUGCUUCUUCUACUGCUUCUGCUUCCAAGUCUGCCAGUGCCUCUGCUUCUUCAUCCUCUACUUCUUCGGUUGCAACCGGUGCCGGUUCUACUGUUUUCAUCAGCUCUUCUCUCUUUGGUGCUGCCAUUGUUGCUGGUGCAGCUCUUGUUCUUUAA